CCAGGCUGUGCUGGAGGAGAGUUUGUCUUCUCUUGGCCACAAGGAAUGUCUGCCUGACCCAAGAGCUCCUUAAUCUGGGCCUCAACCUACAGCCUGGCUUGAAGCCCUCUUCAGUUGCUGUGCACCUGAAUGAUUGAAGAGCUGAAUGCAGCUCAUGUCUGCACCCUGCACAAACAGAAUGAUGAAGUCCUCUCUCCAUGCAGAAGAAGAUGACUUUGUGCCAGAGCUUCAGAGGAGCAUCCAUCCCAGAGAGAGGCCAGACUGGGAGGAGACUCUCAGCGCCAUGGCAAGAGGUGCAGAUAUCCCUGACAUCCCAGGGGAGCUGCCGCUGCGGACCUGCGGCAGCACAGCGAGCAUGAAGGUCAAGAACGUGAAGAAAUACCUCAACCCGGGACUGAUGGGCUGUGAUGCCUUUCACAGGUUGUCCUUUACCAAGGGGCACUUCCCGAAGAUGGCUGAGUGUGCACAUUUCCACUACGAGAACGUGGACUUUGGCAACAUCCAGCUUUCGCUCCCGGAGGAGCAGAAUGAAGUGACGAGGAACGGCUGUGAGUCCAAGGAGCUGGUCUACCUGGUGCAGAUCUCCUGUCAGGGGAGGAGCUGGAUCGUGAAGAGGAGCUAUGAGGAUUUCAGGGUCCUGGACAAGCACCUGCACCUCUGCAUUUACGACCGCCGCUUCUCCCAGCUGGCCGAGCUGCCCCGCUCCGAUGCCCUGAGGGACAGUCCCGAGCUUGUCACCCAGAUGCUGAUGGCUUACCUGGCACGGCUCUCGGCCAUCGCAGGCAACAAGAUCAACUGUGGGCCUGCUCUCACGUGGAUGGAGAUUGAUAACAAGGGGAACCACCUGCUGGUCCACGAGGAGUCGUCCAUUAACGUCCCUGCCAUCGCCGCUGCCCACGUCAUUAAGAGAUACAUUGCUCAGGCAGCAGAUGAGCUGUCCUUCGAGGUGGGAGACAUAGUGUCUGUUAUUGACAUGCCCCCAAAGGAGCUGACCACGUGGUGGAGAGGCAAGCAUGGAUUCCAGGUUGGAUUUUUCCCCAGUGAGUGUGUGGAGCUGAUCAACGACAAAGUCCCUCAGUCCGUGACCAACUCUGUGCCAAAACCAGUCUCCCCUGCCCACGGAGCACGUCCAGCGUCCUGGAGCUACUUCCCCCCUUAUUUGGAGCUGGAUAGUGUAAAGCCAGGCUCUGCAUGUGUUACAGAGGCUCUCAACCAGUCCCAGCUGAGCUCAGUGUCCAAAAAACACGGCAAGCUCAUCACCUUCCUCCGAACAUUCAUGAAGUCGCGCCCAACCAAGCAGAAGCUGAAGCAGAGAGGGAUCCUGAAGGAGAGAGUCUUUGGCUGUGACCUGGGAGAGCAUCUACUCAACUCUGGCCACGAUGUCCCCCAGGUCCUCAAGAGCUGCACGGAGUUCAUUGAGAAGCAUGGCAUCGUGGACGGCAUCUACCGCCUCUCCGGGAUCGCCUCCAACAUCCAGAAGCUACGCCACGAGUUUGACUCUGAGCAGAUCCCUGACUUGACCAAGGACAUCUACAUCCAAGACAUCCACUGCGUGGGCUCCCUCUGCAAGCUGUACUUCCGCGAGCUCCCCAACCCCCUGCUGACCUACCAGCUCUACGAGAAGUUCUCAGAUGCUGUUUCUGCUGCUACGGACGAGGAGCGGUUGGUGAAGAUCCACGAUGUCAUCCAGCAGCUGCCCCCCCCUCACUACAGGACACUGGAGUUCCUAAUGAGGCAUUUAGCUCGACUGGCUGAUUACUGCUCCAUCACAAACAUGCACACCAAGAACUUAGCGAUCGUCUGGGCUCCAAACCUCCUCAGGUCCAAGCAGAUCGAGUCUGCCUGCUUCAGCGGCACAGCUGCCUUCAUGGAGGUGCGAAUCCAGUCGGUGGUUGUGGAGUUCAUCUUGAACCAUGUGGAUGUCCUCUUCAGUUCCAAGCUCAGCUCGGUCAUUCGUGAUGGAGCAGGGCACAGUUCUUUGUCACGACCCAAGUCUCUGUUGGUGUCCUCCCCUUCCACAAAGCUGCUCACGCUGGAGGAGGCACAGGCACGGACACAAGCCCAGAUCAACUCUCCCAUCGUGGCAGACAGCAAGUACAUAGAAGUGGGUGAAGGCCCUGCAGCUCUGCAGGGGAAAUUCCACACAGUCAUAGACUUCCCAUCUGAAAGGAAAAGGCCUCCCAGCAAGAUGAAGAAGUCCCCGGUGGGCAGCUGGCGUUCCUUCUUCAACCUGGGCAAGUCGUCCUCCGUGUCCAAGCGCAAGCUGCAGCGCAACCCCAGCGAGCCCUCCGAGAUGAAAGCCAUAGCCCUGGCAGGUGGACGAGGAGACAGCGGCACUCUUCGCUCGGCCAAAAGCGAGGAGUCUCUGACCUCCCUGCACGCCGUGGACGGUGAAUCCAAACUGUUCCGACCCAGGAGACCCAGGUCCAGCAGUGAUGCACUGUCUGCUUCCUUCAACGGGGAGCUCCUGGGGAACAUGAACCGCUGCAAUUCCUACGACAACCUCCCCCACGACGACAGCGAUGGGGACGAGGGCCUGAUCCAUGUCCCUGCCCUCAUUUCUCCUCGCUCUUCUGAAGAUGUUGACCUGAGCCCCCCGGAUAUUGGUGUUGCCAGCCUGGACUUUGACCCCAUGUCCUUCCAGUGCAGCCCGCCUCAAGCAGAGUCCGAGUGCCUGGACAGCAGCACAUCCCUGAUGGAGUCAGUUGGCAUCAAUAAGGAGAAGCCAAGCCUGCUAAAGAAGGAUCUAGAAUCGGGCAGCCAGUCCCAGACACCAGGCAGCGCCACAAGCUCUGAGCCAGUCUCCCCUUUCCAGGAGAGGAUGAGUCCCUUCUUUACUCUGGACCUGAGCCCGACCGAGGAGAAGGCCUGCAAACCCCACACCUUCUCCCCCAAGACGGGGCGGAAGCCCCUCAAAUCCCCGCCGCUGGCUGCAGCAGAACCCAUCUCCUUCACCCUGCCCGGCCGCACGCCAGAAGUGCCCACCACAGCCAGAAACUCCUCUGCCUCCAGCUGGAGCAAAGGCAUUGGCAUCACUGAAAUCACAAACAGGUCCCCAACCCAGAUGUCCUUGCCCCUGAAAAACAGUGAAACAGGAGCAGGGGAAGGAGCCCACCAAGAGCUGCAGCAUGCCCAGCUAGCGGCUGCUGGCAAGGCAGAGAUGCCAGAAGAAGGGGAGAGACCAAUGCCAAGCAGUCAGAAUAAGACUGUCCCCACUGGACACACACAGCCAGGAGCAGUUGCCCUCGACUCCCCCCAGGAUCCUGUUCCCGUCAGUUCUGUGUCUCUUAUCCCUCCUCCUCCUCCGAAAAACGCCGCGCGCAUGCUAGCCCUAGCGUUAGCCGAGUCGGCACAGCAAGCGUCCGCUCAGGCUCAGAAAAGGCCAGGAGAUGCCCACUCUGACAGCACAAAUUACGGAGAGGCUGAAGCUGGCACAGCUCUAGAAAAGCUCCAUCUCUCCGCUGGUGCUCCAGACAAGCUCCACCACUAUUCCGGUCUGCCCGAGAACCGACUUCACUUCCAGACCGGUGCACCAGUAGAGCAGGAUUGCCAAGGUAGCAGCACAGCCGGGGAGCAGAACCACCCUCCGGGUGCACCUGGCAACCAGGACCCCCCACCUCUCCACACGGGCAUGCCUGGGGACAUGCCUGAUAGCAGAGAUGCAGAGCAGGAGCAGUCCAGCUUCCAGCCUGGUAAACCGGGGGAGAAAGAUCCCUUCCCCUCGCAUGCCGGGGACUGGGAGCAUCCCCAGCAGCACCACACUGCAGGCUCCCUGCCCGACUGGGAAGCUCCCACAGCAGAGCCGCCUCUAGAUAAGCCCCACCUGCGUGCGUUCGUGCCUGGGGACCAGCACCACGUUCCCAGCUGCACAGCCGAUGACAAACUGCAGUCUCCUCCUGUGGCAGCCGGGGAGAAAAGCGCCCCGGCACCAAUCCCCUAUUUAACAACCAUCCAGCCAACAGCCCCCGAGCCCAGCCGCGGGCCCGCCCCCGCUCAGGCCGACGGCACCGGCACCGCCGCGCAGCGAGCCCUCGCCCCCGGCCAGCCCGCACAGGCGCAGAGGCAGGAUCAGCAGGCAGCCAUGGGACAAGUGCCAGCGGGCUCUGCCAAGCCAGCCAGCGCCUCCAGCCAGGUGUGGGCCACACCAGCACCUGAACAGCCACCCGAGCCCACGCCUGUCUUUGUCUCAGAAAGCAGUUCCACCACCCGCUGCCCCUCUUCCGUGCCCGUGAGCCACCAGAGCCAUUUGGAGAAGCCUCGGGAACCCACGAGGGCGCCGCCGCUGCACCUGCGGUCCGAGUCCGUCCCUACUCACUCCUCCUCCUCCUACAGCUUUACUCCCCCUGUCCCGCCCGUCAGAACGCUGGAGAGCAAAAUCGCCGCCGCCAUGCACUCCAGCAACACGGACGCCAUCAACAACUCCAACUACCACGCCUUCCUGUCCUCCUCCAUGCUGGCCUCCUCGGUGGAGGAAGCCCUGCUGCCACCACCACCUCCGCCACCUCCCCCUCCCAAGCACGCGUCCCUGCAGUCCGUGUACGUGCCGCACCCCAAACCGGAGAGCAUCCCCGAGCCCCCUGGGCCAGAGGGCUACCUGCACCACAAAGCAGCUUCCGUCCACCAGUACAGGCCCGAGAGUGUCCCUCCUCACCUCUCCUACCACGGCAAGCCCGAGCAGCACCCAGCCUACCCUCCUCGCUCGGAGACACCCACUCCCGCAGGCGCUCGCUACAACACCUACACCACCCAGGGCAAGAGCAGCUCGGCUCUCCACUCCAAGCCCCGCAGCCGCGCCGAGUUCGUGUCCUCGGUGAGCCCCACGGGCCUGCGCAACGCCAGCUACGCCGCCGAGGACGCUCCCCCCUACCCCACCAUCCGACGCGUUCAGUCGCUGCACGUCCCCAGCCCUGCCGCCUCCGCCAUCCGCUCCGUCCCCAUCUCGCGCACCGAGGUGCCCCCGGACGAUGAGCCCGUGUUCUGCCCACGACCCCUCUACCAGUACAAGCCAUACCAGCCCCACUCCGACUACCACGUCACCCAGCUGCAGCCUUACUUCGAGAACGGGCGGGUGCACUACCGCUACAGCCCUUACUCCAGCUCCUCUGCCUCCUCUUACUACACGGCAGCCGACGGCAGCUUCUACGACCUGGAUCCCUACAGCACGGUGCGGGUCAGGCCCUUCCACCCUCUGCCCGGCAGAGACUUUGCGUCCUACGCCUCCCGGCUGCCCGGCAAGGGGCUGUACCGCUACCCCAGCCUGUCUGCCUACCCUCGUGGCGGCCUCAUCUCGCACCUGGCGGGCAAGGAGCACAGCUUCAUCAGCAGAGACGUGCCUCCGGCGCCGGACGUCAAGCACAUGUACAUGUCGUGGGACCUGGAGGACAUGGAGAAGUACCGCAUGCAGUCCAUCCGGCGGGAGAGCCGCGCGCGCCAGAAGGUCAAGGGGCCGCUGAUGUCCCAGUACGAUAACGUGGCCCCGCUGCUGCCGGAGGAUCUGGGGGGGCUGGAUGUGAUCCACCUGCGCAGCAAGUCGGACCCUGGGAAAACCGGGCUGCUCACCGUGGCCGAGGGGAAGGAGGGCAGGUACCCGGCCAAGGCGGCUACGCCCGAGGGGGACGAGCGUUACUACCUGCAGCACCCCGAGCCGGAGCUGGACAGGGCGCACUACCACGGCGCCUACGGCAACGGGCAGCCCGAGAAGCCCUCCCUGCCCCAGAAGCAGAGCAGCAUCCGCAGCAGGAAGCUGCACGAGCCGGGCUGCAGCGCCAGCGAGCACAGGACGCACUUGCAGCAGGAAGCAAGCCAUAGGCAGCCUUCCGAGCCCAAAAACGGGCCCCCCUACCCCGACUACAGGCCCAAGGGCGGCCCGGAGCCCCCCGAACCCAUCGCUUACCAGCACCCAGGCGGAAAGUACAUCCCAGCCAGCCAGGAGACCCUGAGACUGAACCACAAGGAGGUGAGGCUGGCGGAGGAGAGGCCGGAUCUGGAGAGGUCUCGUGCCAGGCCCGCCCCGUCCGUGGAGAAGCACUCCCGAGACUGCUACAAAGAGGAGGAGCACGGCGCAGCCCCCCCCAUGGCGCCCCCGCCCAAGCCCGAGCGCAGCCACAGCCUCAGAAUGCAGCACCCCGAGAGCAUGGAGAGGGACUCUGCCCUCCUCUACCCCUACCAGACCCUUGGGAAGCGCCAAAGCACUAUGACUGUGGUGUCCCAGUACGAUAACUUGGAGGAUUACCAUACCCUGCCUCAGCACCAAAGAGGGGGCUACGUCGGAGGCGGGGGCUUUGUGCCCCCCGCUUUUAGCCACGUGCACAGUAGAACUUACGCCACGGCCCUGGGCCAAGGAGCCUUCCUCCCGACGGAGCUGUGCUUGCAGAGGCCCGAGACAGAGGUCCACGUUGAGUGAGCUGGUUGGGGGUGGGGGGGGGGGAAUAACAAAAAGGAGGGAUAGAGUCUAAGCAGCCUCUGCUGGACAGUGGACUGUUUUAUUUUUUCAAUGAUGGAAAACAAAACAAACCCAACCCUGCCCCCAUGAGCAAAGCAGACCCCCACCCCCCCACACCCCCAUCCCUCAGCCUCCACCCCCAGCAGCCCCACUCACUGUUUUUAUGUAGUAGAGGUAAUAGCUUUUUGAUGUGGGAUUGAGGCAACUGGAAGGCGAGGGCAGGCUGUUGGCGCACAGACGUUGCCAGAGGGGCUGGGCAGAGCUGAAAGCGAUGCUGUUGGAGCAGGAAGGAAAGGGCAGUAAAAGGCCUUGGUCAUUCCCACCACUUCCUCACCGUGCUUCCGUGGUCCUGUGCAUGAUGGCCUCUGCAUGUGGCUGUUCUCCCCGUGGGUAGUGAGUGAGCUGCCCCAUCCCACUGCUAGCUUCCAGCAAAGGCUCUCUGUGAUGUGUGUGUCCCCUGAGGUUACUCAGCCAGAGUGGGCUAAAAGCUGGCCAGGGGAAAAGCCUUCCCAAAUAUUUUCUUCUCCAUGAAUGCUGAGGUCCCUGGAAAGUCAUUGCUUAGGUGUAGCAGAGCUGCUUCAGUGGAUGGGAGCUUUGUUGCUGACUUCAAGCCUGUGGGAUAGGCUCAGGCCAGUUCAAAAUACACCACACACCUUUUGGACUCGUUUGUGCUUCUGCCUACCUGAAACCAAGUUAAAUCGACUGCAAGAAAUCAAAUUACAUUAAUUGCUUUCAACUCCUCUCUUGCAAAGCAGCUCUGGAAGCCAAGCAGGGCAGGUUUGGCUUUCUCCUACCAAAAGAAGUGAAACACAAAACCAUCCACCUGUGGCUGGGGCCAGCACACCCAUUCCCUGCCAGUUCCUCUUAAGCUUACCUGCAGUCCAGAUGAUUUAAUACCACGUCGUGGCUGGCCAGACAGCCUCAGCUCUACCCAAAAACCUACCAUAAAACCUAAAAAUAGAUGUAACCAUCUCCUGCAUUGUCUCCAGCUUCUCACCUGCAGCCCAACUUCACCAGCUGGGAGCAACUCUGGAAGUGCUGAGUACCUGCAUGACCAGCUCUUAGAUCAGGGAGCUGGAGCUCUACAGGACACUGCUUCCUCUACCCUUCAAGCCGUGUGCCUGGGCAGGGGAUCCCUGUCACAGAGUAGUUACAAGGAGUAGCCUGUGCUCUCUGAAAUAGCAUUGCAAGUGUAGCUCCCCCAGUAGCAGGAACAAGAGGCCAGUGCACUCUCUGACACACCGACAGCCUUGUCCUGGGCUAGUUCAAAGCCUCUCUGUGUUGUAAAAGAAGCCAGGCAGCAUCUCAGCCUCACCAGGACUCACUGCACCCCCACCUUGAUAAGUAAAGCACAUCCACCCCCUCCCAGGGCUCCUGAGCAGCACUGGAGAUUUAGGAGCUCUGAAACGGCCCCCGAGACAUUCCCAGGCUGCUCCCUCUGCUUCUUGGCCUCUUCUGAACCUCUUGUGUCUUGUUAAAAACCCAGGGGUCCUUACAGCAAGGUGAAGGGACCUCAGCUGGGUUUGCAAACAAAAGCUUUGUGGCUUUGUUUCUUUGUUUUGGGGGGGGUGCUUUUAAACCAGAGAGAAAAUCUGUUUGUGGUUACUCACCAGUCUGUAGCUGUUUGCUUCCCCUGUAGCCUUGUCUGGGGCUGUUUCAGCAGCUCUGCCCUAGGGUCCCCUGUUAACUGUUUUCAGCACUUUGUUCUGAAGUGGUACAGAAAGAACUCUGCCAGCCAGGAUGGAGAAAGAGAGAAAAGCAGCAGCACUGUGAUUCAGGCCACCCCAACCUCCCUGUGAAGUGUUACCAGGUAGAGGGGUUGGGUUUUGGUGAGGCCACCCCAUCCACCUUGCUGGGUAGCUCCUAGGAAAGCCUGACCUGUCCAGAUUGCUUGGUGGAAGCUCACCGAGGGAGUCCAGCUGCAGUGGGUGCUCUCAGUGGAGGCAUGGGGUGGGGUUAGGACUUCUUUCAGUCCUCAGCUGCUGCAGCACAGUCUCCACAGCUGCCAGUUCUCUGCCGAGGUCUCCAGUUGGAGCAGGGAUGAUGUGUUUGGUUCAGGCUAUUUGGGAUUCAGGUAAAUGAGAGCUGUAGGUCAAACCUCUCUCUCCAGGAAAGCCUUAACCCCCCAAUCCUGUCCCCUGCAGCAACUUUCCUCACCUCCUCUUUGGCCUUACCAGGACUAUCUUUUAACCAGGACUAUCCUUCUGCUAUGAGGAGGCUAAGCCCAGCUCCUCCUAAUCAUAACCUCCUCAAAGCCACUCUAGACAUAAAGUGCCACCCCUGGACAACUUCUGUUCCUUAGAGGCUUGUGCUACUACUGCCUGAGCCUGGGCUCUUCAGCUCCCUGCACUGUGUGAAGUGCCAGGUGCUAAGGUGUUCAAAGAGCUUCUAGAAGCACACAGCUGUACACCUAGAUGGUUCCUACAAGCAGCCUCCUCCUUGGGAACAGGAAGGUCUCCACUAAAACACGCAGCAGAAGACUCAAGACCUGGAACCUUCCCAUCCCUCCACCCAGCCAAGGGCUGGAAGCUCUCAGAGAACCCAAACUAACUUCUGCACACUAUUGAGCCACAGCUCCCCCUGAGGUGAAGGCACCAACUCUGCCCAGAUGAUGCUACAGAUGAGCACCUUCCUCUGACCGUGGUUCAGCAGCCGUCCCCACAUCCAGCCCACGCAAAGCCAUAGUGACCUAUGCAGUUCUGCUCUUGCACUGUGCUCAACCUGAUGGUCCUUAGAAAGCAUUUGACAGCCUCAUUGAUUGACUCAGAGGGCAGCCACCCAGGUGUGGCUGUCCAAAACCCAUCACCGAGGUUAGGAAGGGCAAUUGUGCACCAGAAUGAGGAGAGGAGGAUGACUGGAGGUAAGUUGGUAGGUCAGGUCACGAAGUGUCCUAGCAGAGAGAGCGAUGGGACAGCAGCACAACUCUCUGUUUCAGGUCCACUUCUGCUCAGACCAAGUCAUUUCUUGCCUAACCAUAUCUCCAGCAAGCUGUCAAGCAGCUGUUUUCUUGGUUCUCUCACACUUGCCACAAGCUAUCUGCUGUUUGAUUGCCCUUCCCAAAGCUUUCAGCCCAGUUUCUCCCUAGUGCACACAAUUAAGGUCCAGUAGCAUCUUCCAGCUCUGGAUUUCACCUCUGCUUGGGAGCAGGAGGUGUGACCCAUAGGAGACUUCCCUCAGCAAAGGGUGAGUGCAGCUGCUGGGUGAGUAAUGAGGCCCUACCCCCUCUGUAGUCUUACACUCAGAAGUCUUACCAGGUGAAAUCCAGAGCACAGCACCCACAACUUUGUGCCUCCAUCUGCCCAGGGUUCCUCGCUCUACGCUCAUCGUUGGAAGGGAGACAGGGCUGGGGUGGGGGUAAGGACUGCACAGCAGUUAAAGUCUCUCCACAAAACCAAAAACCACCUUGAAACCAUCCAACUGCCCCCCCCCC